GCUUAUACAAAAGUUAUAGUAGCUUUUUGGAAAUUAGUCAACAACUUCAGAAAUGGCCUGAAGUCGAAAGAAAAACGAAGAUCAUCAGAUUCAGUUGUAAACGAAGAAGCUGAGAGGAAAGGAGAUUUUUAGAGGGACAGGAAAGGAGGGAAGAUGUUGCUUGCAGUUCUCAUCUCGAAUUCUGUGGGCAAUAUCCUUGUGGAGAGAUUCAAUGGAGUUCCAGCUGAGGAGCGAUUGCACUGGCGAUCUUUCCUGGUGAAACUGGGAGCCGACAAUCUCAAACACGCCAAGAACGAAGAGCUCUUUGUCGCUUCCCACAAGUCGGUUUAUAUCGUCUAUACGGUGCUUGGAGAUAUCUGCCUGUAUGUUGUUGGCAAGGAUGAGUACGAUGAACUAGCUUUGGCUGAAGCCAUCUUUGUGAUAACGGGGUCGAUCAAGGAUAUCUGCAAGAAGCCACCAACAGAACGUACUUUCCUGGACAAGUAUGGAAAGAUAUGUCUAACUCUGGACGAAAUCGUCUGGAAGGGUAUCUUGGAGAACACGGACAAAGAAAGGAUCAAAAGGCUGAUGCUGCGAUUGCGAUUGCAAUGGCCUCGACUUUUCUUUCUCACUUUUCUGGGUUUUCAUUCUUGCAGAUUCAAUGGAGUUCCAGCUGAGGAGCGAUUGCACUGGCGAUCUUUCCUGGUGAAACUGGGAGCCGACAAUCUCAAACACGCCAAGAACGAAGAGCUCUUUGUCGCUUCCCACAAGUCGGUUUAUAUCGUCUAUACGGUGCUUGGAGAUAUCUGCCUGUAUGUUGUUGGCAAGGAUGAGUACGAUGAACUAGCUUUGGCUGAAGCCAUUUUUGUGAUAACGGGGUCGAUCAAGGAUAUCUGCAAGAAGCCACCAACAGAACGUACUUUCCUGGACAAGUAUGGAAAGAUAUGUCUAACUCUGGACGAAAUCGUCUGGAAGGGUAUCUUGGAGAACACGGAUAAAGAAAGGAUCAAAAGGCUGGUGAGAUUGAAGCCUCCCACAGAAUUCUGAACUGUGGACGUUGGAGUCUCAAACUUCGUCAACAUAUAUAGGGCUUGUGAAUCAGUUUCCUGGUUCUGAUGUGAAACGUACUACAGAUGUUGUAUUCUUGGAUUUGUCUCCAGUUUCUGUGGCUCAGUUGCUGUGACUGUGAUCGAUGAAUUUUUUACUUCACGGAUCAUUAGAUGCAUAUGGAUGCUUAAUAUGUCCAGUCAAAUUGUGAAGCUGAAGUUUGAAAAAGAAUGGAGGAAUUCAAAUUCUGUUUGUUUGAAUUUCUCUAUUGUUCUUCUCUACUGUUCAUCAUGGAGC